AUGUCAGCCUUAGACAAAGAUCCAAUGAAGAAUGACUCUUUCAAUGUUAUAGUUGAGUCAGAAUCUCCCUAUGAAAAAUAUCAUCAAAAUAAAGAUGAAUUUAAAGAUGAUGAAUCUCAAUUAUUUGAAGAUUCAGGUUCUUCAUUCAAAGUUGCAGAGGCUAUUGAUAUUACAAACUCAGAUGUUGAUGCUAUUGUUCCAACUGAAGAUUAUGAAGGUGAUGCAAACACUAUAAGAAUGUGGAUAUUAGCAAUAGUUUUAGGUACAGUAAUCACUGGUGUUGAUUCAUUUUUCCAAAUGAGAUUCCCAACUAUUCAUAUUGGUGCUAUUGUGUCAUUAGUUAUUGCUUACCCCAUUGGUCAAGCUUGGUAUUACGUUAUACCUAAUUGGAAAAUACCAUUGCCAUUUGGUUAUAAAAUCCAAUUGAAUCCUGGUCCUUUUAAUCAAAAAGAACAUGCUUGUAUCUUUUUAUUUGUUAAUUAUGUCUCUUCAGCUGGUUUGGUGAAUAACAGUGUUGUUGAACAGUUUAAAUUCUUCAAGAUUAAUAUUGGUAUUGAUAGAAUGUUAUUAUUCCAAUUAUCAAGUUUCCUUUAUGCCUAUUGCUUAACUGGUUUAACUUUAUCCAUCCUUGUGAAACCAAAAGAUGUUGUUUGGCCAGGUGUUUUAUCAACUUGUGCCUUAUUUAAAGCUUUCCAUAAUAAAACAAAUGAACCUGCUGGUAAUUGGACCAUAUCAAGAUUUAGAUUUUUCAGUUAUGUUUUUUGUGGCUCAUUUAUUUGGUAUUGGUUCCCAGAUUUAAUCUUACCAUUUUUAUCAACUUUAGGUGCAUGGAUUACUUGGAUUAAACCUGAUAGUGCAACAUUAUCUCAAGUAUUUGGUGUUAAUACUGGAUUAGGUUUAUUCCCGUUAACUUUAGACUGGACUCAAAUUACAUCAUUAAAUAAUCCAUUGAGUACCCCAUUUUGGUCUGUACUUUCAGUUUUCAUUUCAUUUGUAUUUUGGAUUUGGAUUGUUAUGCCAGCUUUAUAUUAUCAAAAUAAAUGGCAAACUGCACAUUUCCCAAUAAUGACUUCAUCAAUUUUCAAUACUAAUGGUACAUCAUAUUUACCUGCAAAAGUUGUUGAUAAAGAUUAUAGAUUAGAUUUAGAAAAAUUUAAAAAAUAUUCACCAGUAAUGUUACCUAUAGCAUUUUUGAUGAAUUUAGCUCUUGGUUUAGCUGCUUUUUCUUCAAUGAUGGUGACAUUUUUCGUUAAAUUCAAAUCAGAUGUGAUACAACCUUUAAAGAACCCGGAAGAAGAUUCACAUACAAGAGCUUUAUCAAAAUAUAAAACAUUCCAUUGGGGGUUCUAUGUAUUUUGGGGAAUUGUUGGUUUAGGUUUAGGUUUUGCAUUUUUUGAAGGUUUCCAUCAUGAAACUCAAUUAAGAGCUGAUGGUUUUAUUGUUUCAGUUAUUAUGAGUACAUGUAUUUUCAUCCCAUUAGCUUUAAUUGAAUCAAGAUCAAAUUUUGAAGUUUCUUUAGCUCCAUUUUUUGAAAUUAUUGCAGCAUUUUGGUUCUCUGGUAAACCAAUUGCAUUAAUGUAUUUUUAUAUGAUGGGAUUUGGUACAAUGCAACAUGCUAUGCAUGCUUCAAUGGGUGCUAAAGUUGGACAUUAUAUGAAAGUUCCACCGAAAACAGUUAUGACACUUUUAUUAUUUGGCUCUAUUUGGGGUGCUUUAGUUUCACCAGCUGUUACAGGUUAUAUUUUGAAUCAUUUUGAAAACAUUUGUACCACUAAUGCUAAAAAUCAUAUGAUUUGUAGAAAAUCUAAAACUCAAUUCAAUAAUCUUGUUGUUUGGGGUUUAUUUGGUAAACAUAUAUUUGCUAAAGAUGGUAGAUAUUCAUGGGUAUUAUGGUUUUUCCUUGUUGGUGCUCUUUUUGCUAUAGUCAUGUGUGCAUUACAAUGGAAAUAUCCAAAGAGUUCAUUACUAUCAAAAUUGAAUCCUACUUUAUUCUUUGGUGGUGCAGGUACAAUUCCAACAGUUACAGGUUUUAAUUAUUCAACAUGGUUCUUUGUUGGAUUUAUUUUGAAUUUUUGGAUUCAUAGAAAGAAACAUGCAUGGUGGAAGAAGUAUAAUUUAGUUUUAGCAGUUGGUUUAGACUGUGGUGUUGCUAUUGCUGCAAUUUUAAUUUAUUUCUGUGUUGUUUAUACUGGAGGUUCUGAAAAUUAUAAAUGGUGGGGGACUACUGUUGCCAAAGCUGGUUGUGAUGCCAAAGGAUGUCCUCAUUUGCCCAAGGGAUCUAUUGUAGCACCAGAAGGAUGGAGCCAUUUCGACACAAAGAAUCUUGAAAAGUUCUUUUCUAGUCCAAAUUUACCUAAACAAACUAAAUUGGGUCCUCAAAUUGAAUGGUCGCCAUUGAUUCCACCAUUAAGCAUCAAACAGUUUAAAUUUGGACAAUCAAAUCCAACUUAUUUGAUCACUGAUUCAAAAGGUACCAAAGCUGUUCUACGGAAAAAGCCAACUUCAAAUAAGAAUUUGAUUUCGAAGACAGCACAUGCUAUUGAAAGAGAAUUUCACAUGCUUGCCUCGAUCAAGAGCAUCAAUGUCAAGAAUUCAGAAAGGCCACAAGUUCCAAUUGCCAGUGUUUUCUUACUUUGUGAAGAUGAAUCUCAUAUUGAUGCUGUUUUUUAUGUGAUGCAAUUCGUUAAAGGAAGAAUAUUCCAUGAUCCUUCAUUAUCAGCUAUUAAAUCACAAAGUGAAAGAAAAAAAAUUUGGGAUUCAGUUUUGGAUACAGCUUCAGCCAUUCAUUCAAUCCCAUCGGAUGAAUUAUUUGAUCAAUUACCUUCAAAUUAUUUUAGAAAGCCCAAUAAGGAAAGUAAAGUAACUUAUUUCCAAAGACAAGCAAGAUCUUUAAGUAAGAUUCAAUCCUUACAAGCCAAAGAUGUUGAUCCAAUUCCAUUUUUUGAAGAAAUCACUAAAUGGUUAUUGAGAACUGCACCAAAAGAUCCAAAAGUCCCCACAUUAAUUCAUGGAGAUUUCAAAAUUGAUAAUUUUGUAUUUCAUCCAACAAAACCAGAAAUUAUCGCUGUACUAGAUUGGGAACUUUGUACGAAUGGACAUCCAUUAUUUGAUUUGGCCAAUGUAUUACAACCUUUCUGUAUGUCACCAGAAUUGAAUAGACAUUUUUCAAAAUUUGAUAUCAAUCAAGAUCCAGCUUUGGUUCAACAAGUCUUAAAGACAUAUAUAUCCAAAGCACAUCCGGAAUGGGAUCCAAUCAAGUUAUGGAAUGUUGGUGUUGUGUUUGGACUUUAUCGAGUUGCUGUGAUUUGUCAAGGAAUUGCACAAAGAGUUGUUCGAGGUGUUGCGAGUAGUGCAGAAGCUAAACAGACUGCUGCACUGUAUCCACACGUUGGGAAGUUGGCUUUUGAACUGACCAAAUCUCCUUCAAAACUAUGA